AUGACUAUUUCUAAUGGUACUGGCAGAAAUGCCAACCAGAAAUCAGCUUCAGAGAAAUAUCUAAAGAUUUCUCAGUUAGAACAUAUUUUAAAAAGACCAGACACGUAUAUUGGUUCUGUGGAAAUGCAAGAAGAAAAAAUGUGGGUUUAUGAUGAUGAAAACGAAUGCAUGAUUGAAAGAGAGGUUAAGUUUGUUCCUGGGCUAUUUAAGAUUUUUGAUGAAAUUCUAGUAAACGCCGCUGAUAACAAAGUUCGUGAUCCAUUGAUGAAAAGAAUUGAUGUUACUAUUGAUCCAGAACAAAACACUAUAUCUGUUAAAAAUGACGGACAAGGUAUUCCGAUUGAAAUUCAUGAUAAGGAAAAUAUAUAUAUACCUGAAUUGAUUUUUGGACAUCUACUAACAUCUUCAAAUUAUGAUGAUACUGAAAAAAAAGUUGUUGGUGGUAGAAAUGGGUAUGGCGCUAAGCUAUGUAACAUAUUUUCUACUGAAUUUAUUUUAGAAACUGCUGAUCCCAAAAACGGGCACAAGUAUCUCCAAAAAUGGACUGACAAUAUGGGGGUUUGCGGAAAGCCUAAAAUUACUUCGUAUUCAGCUAAAAAGCCUUCAUACACCAAAGUCACGUUUAAACCCGACUUAUCGAGAUUUGGUAUGGAAGAUCUAAACAAAGACAUUGUUGGUAUUAUGAAAAGGCGUGUUUAUGACAUAAACGGCUCUGUAAGAGAUAUUAGUGUUUAUUUGAAUGGCAAAUGUUUGAAAAUUAGAAAUUUUAAAAAUUAUGUGGAAUUAUAUUUAAAGUCUUUAGAAAAAAUGAAGAGGAUUGAUAAUGGCGAAAAUACUGAAGAGGCUUUAAAAGUACCAACUAUUAUCUAUGAGCGAAUCAAUGAGCGUUGGGAAAUUGCAUUUGCUGUUUCUGAUAUUUCUUUUCAACAGAUUUCGUUUGUAAAUUCCAUAGCUACAACCUCUGGUGGCACACAUGUGAACUAUUUAGGGGAUCAACUAGUUAAAAAAAUUCAGAUGAAACUAGCCAAAAACAAAAAAGUCAAACCAUUCCAGAUUAAAAAUAACAUUUUCCUUUUCGUUAAUUGUUUAAUUGAAAAUCCCGCUUUUACAUCUCAGACUAAAGAGCAGUUAACUACGCGGGUUAAAGAUUUUGGUUCUAAAUGUGAAAUCACCGAUGCCUUUGUAGCCAAAGUUAUGAAUACAGAUUUGUCCACUAGGAUAUUUGAUAUAGCUGAUGAAAAUGAUGCCAAAGCCAUGAAAAAAACAGAUGGUACUAAAAAGAAUAGGAUUACUGAGUAUCCCAAGCUACACGAUGCGAAUAGAGCCGGUACAAAAGAGGGUUACAAAUGCACUUUGCUAUUAACGGAGGGGGAUUCUGCUUUGUCUUUGGCUGUUGCCGGUUUAGCUGUUGUUGGCAGGGAUUAUUAUGGUUGUUAUCCACUAAGAGGCAAAUUACUAAAUGUUAGAGAUGCGACGGCAGAUCAGGUCAAUAGAAACGCAGAAAUACAAGCAAUUAAAAAAAUUAUGGGAUUGCAACACAGGAAAAAGUAUGAAAAUGUUUCUUCGCUUAGAUAUGGUCACUUAAUGAUUAUGACGGAUCAAGAUUUAGAUGGCUCACAUAUCAAAGGUUUAAUUAUUAACUUUUUGGAAAGCUCCUUUCCCGGACUAUUGGAUAUUCCGGGCUUUUUAAUUGAGUUUAUCACGCCUAUCAUUAAAGUCACAAUAACAAAACCGAGAAAACAGACCAUUCAAUUUUAUACUAUUCCUGAAUAUGAAACUUGGAGAGCAGAAGAAGGUACCACUUGUACUUGGAAAUACAAGUAUUAUAAAGGAUUGGGUACUUCAACACAACAGGAAAUAAGAGAAUACUUUUCAAACUUGGAUAGACAUUUGAAGACUUUCGAUGAACUAAAAAAUGAUGAAAACGAAUUAAUUGAUUUGGCGUUUUCUAAAAAAAGAGCUGAUGAUCGAAAAGAAUGGUUAAGGCAAUUUGAACCGGGUACUUACUUGGACCCAACUUUAGAAGUUAUUCCCAUUAAAGAUUUUAUCAACAAAGAGCUAAUUUUGUUUUCUCUAUCGGAUAACAUCAGAUCCAUUCCUAACAUCAUGGAUGGUUUAAAACCAGGGCAGAGAAAAGUGAUAUAUGGUUGUUUUAAACGUAACUUGAGACAAGAAAUCAAAGUUUCUCAAUUGGCAAAUUAUGUUGCUGGAUGCACUGAUUACCACCAUACCGAAGAAUCUUUGGUCCAGACAACUGUUGGACUAGCUCAAGACUUUGUUGGUUCUAAUAAUAUUUAUUUACUGCUUCCUAAGGGAGCAUUUGGUACUAGAGCCACUGGUGGUAAAGAUGCAGCAGCUUCAAGGUAUAUUUUUACCACGUUGAACAAAUUAUCCUUUAAGAUUUUUCAUCCACAAGAUGCACCAUUAUUAAAAUAUGUUCUAGCAGAUGAAAAAAAAAUUGAACCUGAAUGGUAUGCUCCGGUCAUUCCAAUGAUUUUGGUAAAUGGCACAGAAGGCAUUGGUACCGGUUGGAGCACUAAUAUUCCACCUUACAAUCCUUUAGACAUAGUAAAGAAUAUUAAAAAGUUAUUAAAUGACGAAGAAAUGGAUCCUAUGGUACCCUGGUUUAGAGGUUGGACUGGUUCGAUUCAAAAAAUUGAUUCAUAUCGUUAUAAACUAUACGGAAAAAUUGAGCAAGUUGGUGAAAAUAAAUUGGAAAUAACUGAAUUACCACCGAAAACUUGGAUAACUAACAUAAAAGAACAUUUAUUAUUGGGUAUUUCUGGUAACGAUAAAAUUAAACCCUGGAUCAAAGACAUGGAAGAACAACACGGCGCUACAAUUAAAUUUGUUAUUACCUUAACCACUGAGGAGUUUGAAAAAACGCGUACUAUUGGGUUUUAUGAAAGAUUUAAACUAACCUCUAUUUUGAACUUGAGUAAUAUGGUUGGAUUUGAUUCGAAUGGUAAGAUUAGAAAAUAUGAUGAUCCAAGAGACAUUCUAACCGAUUUUUUUUACGUGCGUUUGGAAUUAUAUCAAAGAAGAAAAGAUUAUUUUGUUGAACAUUUACAAUGGAUUGUUGAGAAGUUAAGUUAUCAAGUUAAGUUUAUUAAAAUGAUUAUUGACCGAGAGUUAACUGUGAAUAAUAAACCCAGGAAACAGUUGAUGAAGGAGUUGGAAGAAUUGGGCUUUCCCAGAUUUGAUAAGGAUGGCCAUCCACAUUAUGAUAAGGUCACUGAGAAGAUUGAGGAAUUGAAUUCACAAAAUAUUCGAAAUGAAGGGGAGGAAGAAGAAGAGGAGGAGGAGGAGAAUGAUGAAGAGGUCGAAAAUAAUGAAGAAAAUUCUACAAAUGAUGAAGGGGCUUUUAUUAAUGGACCCCAGGAAAAAUAUGGUUCCUUUGAUUACUUGUUGGGAAUGAAAUUAUGGUCUUUGACAAAGGAGAAAUAUGAAAAAUUGCUGAAGGAAAAAAAAGAAAAGGAGGUGGAAUUGGAACAUUUGUUGGGACUAACUGCCAAAGAUUUAUGGAACAUAGAUUUACAUGAUUUUGAAGAAGGUUAUAAAAAGUUUAUUGACUAUGAUAAUGAAGUUAGAAACAGUAUAAUUCCAAAUAAGGCUACUAAAAGCAAAGCUAAGAGAACAAGGAAGAAAGAUGAUGAUGACGAUUAUGGAGAAUCAAAGGCCAAGAAAAGGAAAAAGAAAGGUGCAUCGAUUAAAAAAGAAGAAGAGAACUUUCAGAGGUUUGUCAUUACACCUAAUCCAAUAGAAAAUCCAAAAAAGAAAAAGUUAACAACAAUACAAUCAAAAGUUAAAAAAGAGUCUAAGGUUGAUAAUCCAGAAGAAAAGAAACCGGUAACGACGAAACCUGUGGAUAGUUUUUUUAAAAAAUCCAAUGCAGAUGAAGAUAGUGAAUCGAAGCAUGAAACAAUAAACCUUGACACAGAUGAGGAUGCAUUUUCAAGUAAAUUUAAGAAAAUUAGUACAAUAUUUGAUGAAGUUAAUAAUACCAAACCUUCUUUCAAUACAGUUGUAUCUUUAUCGGAUAAUGAAGAGAAACAGAAUGAACAGGAAGUCAGUGAUGAAGAUGAUGAUGUGGUUAUUAAACCUGUCAAAAGAAGAAAAUCAAACAAAAAUGAGAGUGAACCAGUUGAGAAAAAAAACGUUACCCCUAAGAGAACUUAUGGAAACAGAAGAAAACAGGCUAGCAUAAAGGCAGAGUUGGAAGAUUUACUAAGCAAUGGUAGUGAUAAUGACAAAAACGGCGAGGAAGAAAAAGAAGAAGAAGAAGUAGUUAAUGUUCCAAGAACUAGUAGAACUAGAACGAGUGGCAGAAGAAAUAAAGGCAGAGUAUCGUAUACAAUAACAGAUGAUAACGAUAGUUUUACUCUAUCAAAUGAUGAUGAUGAUGAUUCUGAUGAAUCUUUUCAUGCAUCUGAUUAA